UAUUAUUAGCUUGUCAAAACAUGGCUGCGUUCUGAAAACAGACGAUUUUAUUUUAAAAUUGGAUUGAAUAGAAACAAAACAAAAAUGUCUAAAUCUAUAACAGUAAGGGUUCAGUCUGCAGAACAUGGGACACGAAGAUUUGAAACAAAGACUUCUGAAACUGUUGCCGAUUUUCUGAAUAAAAUCCAGCACGAUUUUGAGUUGGGCGAUUUGGGAUGGAAUCUCUACCAACAACGAAAUAAAACAGGCGUCAUCAGAACUUCAAGAUCUAAAAAAAUGGAUAGUUACAAAGUAAAACAUGGUGAUAUGCUUUAUUUGAUGAUUGAUGACAAAAAUAGUAAAAGUCGAGACGACCUCUCACAGAAAAUGGAAACCGAAAAUGGAAGUGUGAUGUCAGAAUUGAAAAUAGGAAAUGCUUCGUCAUCUAACGAUGUUUUGGAUGAGGUGGAUAUAAUAUUGGAAAAAACGGAUGGAAAAAUUUACAGAAAAAGAAAUGAACAGCUGUGUCGUCAUGGUCCCCAGGGAAAGUGCCUUCACUGUGUGCCGUUAGAGCCCUAUGAUGAAGAAUUUCUUAAGAGUUGUGAUCCACCAAUCAAAUUUCUGUCCUUUCAUUCAUACAUUCGUAAACUAACAGGCGGCAUUGAUAAAGGAAAGUUUGUAAACCUAGAGAACAUCAGUUGUAAGAUAAAAUCUGGAUGUAAAGAACACCCUCCAUGGCCAGGCGGAAUAUGCACAAAAUGUCAACCAAAUGCUGUCACUUUAAAACGUCAGACAUAUCGCCAUGUUGAUAACAUAAUGUUUGAAAAUGCCUCCAUUGCCGAUCGCUUUUUAAAUUUUUGGAGAAGUACAGGAAACCAGCACUGUGGCAUACUUUAUGGAAGAUAUGAACCGUUCAAAGAUACCCCACUUGGGAUUAAGGCGACUAUUACUGCCAUCUAUGAACCACCACAAAAAUCGUCUAGGAACAAAAUUGAAUUAUUGGAAGAUAACAAUGAUACUGUCAAUGCUGUAGCUGAGAAAUUAGGAUUAAAAGCAAUUGGUUGGAUUUUUACAGAUUUAGUAGCCGAAUGCUUGCAACAAGGCACAGUGAAAAAUUUUCGCGGAAAAGUAGACUCUCAUUUUUUAAGUGCGGAAGAAUGCAUAAUGGCUGGUCAUUUUCAAAAUCGCUACCCUAAUCCUUGUCCUACCAAUCUGUCAUCUGAUGGACAUUUUGGUUCUAAAUUUGUGACUGUAAUUGUUACCGGUGAUAGUAAUAAUCAGAUCCAUUUUGAAGGUUAUCAAGUAUCUAAUCAGUGCAUGGCUUUAGUACGAGAUGAUUGCUUGAUCCCUACAAAAGAUGUCCCAGAACUUGGAUAUGUUAAAGAAUCCAGCAACGAGCAGUACGUCCCAGAUGUUUUCUUCAAGGAUAAGGAUAAUUAUGGUAAUGAAGUGACACAAUUGGCCAGGCCUCUCCCUGUAGAAUAUCUUCUAGUCGAAAUUCCUGCAGCUUUCCCUGUUGAACCUCAAUUUACAUUUCGCGUUACUGAAGACAUCAAACCAUUUGUGAUUGAGAACCGAGAGGAGGUUGGAGAUGUUCAGGAUUUCAACGCUUUAGUUCAGCAUUUACGACAGUUUGCACCAGAUAAAUUCUUAGAUGCAAUGUCAGAUUUCCACCUGCUGAUUUACCUCGCUAAGACAGAAAUGUUGCCACUGCGCGAAAAAAUGGGGAUGCUGCUGGAAGCUGUAAAAAACAAGGAUGAAGAUAUGGCACAUCAUUUUAUGAAAACAGAAGAAUGGGCGACGGUGGAACAAAUGAUGUCAGCACAUAGUCCUUCAGUCCCAUCCUUACAACAGCAAUCUUACAAUGGAUCUGGUGCUAUGGCAGCUCAACCACAAGGUGGCACCUCAGAACCAUGGACAUGUGCACAUUGUACAUUCAUCAACCAAGCGGGAUUUUCUACAUGUGACAUGUGCUCAUUGCCUAGACAAUAAUCAUAAAAUGAAUAAAUGAAAAUAAAUCUCUUUUGUAAAUUUUUCCAGAUGUACGAAAGUUAAAAGGGACUGGUUUUUCAAGACUUUUGAAUAAGAGGACAAUUUUGUAGACUCAAAACAAUCUGCUGUCAGUAAACUCCAAUUACUUUUGAAUUGAGAGUUGUUGGUCAGUUAUAAAUUUGAAGUAGAUAAUGUUUUAUGUCACAUAGUUUCAUGCCAUAUUCCUCAAUAUUGUUUAUCUCUUUUUCCAGUUAUGUAGUAUUUUGUUGGUAAUAUUUACCAGUCUUAAUUGGCAGUGAAAUUGACCAGCUGGAAAAACCUGUCAAGUAAUAGAAAUUUCCAAGAAUUUGAUCUAAAAACAUAAUAAAUACAGAUAAAUUUAAAGUUUUCUUUUAUUCUGAAAACACUUAAGAAUUGAUUUCUAAAUUAAGAUAAUGCUAAAACUGGUAGCCUCUCAAAUUUCCAAGAUAGAAACCUGGAUAAAACACUUAUUUGUCCAGAUUUUGCAACCUUAAUCCUUAUGCAAAACACCAUACAAUCUGACUGGUUAUUACUCAUGCCAAUUUGAAAGUUGCCAAAAAAUAGAUGAUAGAAGUAUUUUGAAAAUACAGAAUGGUAUGGAUUAGUCCUUGUAGUAAACUGUCAGGAGUGGUUCAUCACAUUGAACAGUUGUUCUAAUGAAAAUAUAACAAAAAAUAUAUAGAGGAUAUUUGUUGUUUUAGAGUGAAUAACAUAUUUUAUUUCAUCGAGAAGCAAGAAAACGUAUAUUUUCACGAAUGCUACGCAUUCGUGAAAAUAUAAACGUUUUCUUGCUUAGAGAUGAAAUAAAAUAUGUUAUUCACGACAAAACGACAAAUGUUCUAUUUAUUUUAUGAUUUUUCAAUCAUUUUAGCUAAAAACAACAUGGACUACUUUGUCCGCUUCUAGCCAGUGGAAUAACACUUUUAUUUCACUGAUAAAACACGGUAUUCCACUACUGAUCAUAAAAUAAAUUAUCAUAUCCUAAGGUGACCUGUAACAGAUAUCAUUUCUUCUAUGUGAAUUAGAGAAAUGGGAAGAAUUUGAUUAAACAAUUGAACGAAUUGUUAUUAAUAUUAUUUAUAAAAUUUUUGAUUAAAAUUAAUGCUUCUGUUGACGACUUUGCUAAGUUUUAUCACUGAAACAAAUGGUUUGUAUGUAUUUAUUUUUCAAUGAAUGUAUAAAAUGAUAUUAUGUGUACAUGUACAGCUAAUUCAUUUUUAAGCAAUACACAGUGUGAGAAAA